AUGUCGGCUGACGAGAAGAUUCGCGUCUCUGGCGAGACGCCUCGUGCGACUACUCCUGUUCUUCCUACGGUUAACCCUGGUCUCGAGAAGUCACAGUCUGCUCGCGCUUCAAUUCACCCUACUUUCUACGUUAUUGCAUGGAUUGGCUUUUCGUCGUCCGUCAUUCUGUUUAACAAAUGGCUUCUCGAUACCCUCAACUUCCGCUAUCCGGUCAUUCUAACGACUUACCAUUUGACCUUUUCGACCGUCGUCACCCAGGUUAUGGCACGAUGGACCCCCUACCUCGACGGCCGUAAGACUGUUAAGAUGACCACUCGCGUGUACUUCCGUGCUGUUGUCCCUAUUGGCAUCUUCUUCAGUUUGAGUUUGAUCUGCGGAAACUUGACAUACCUGUACCUUUCUGUGGCUUUCAUCCAGAUGCUCAAGGCCACUACUCCCGUCGCCGUCCUGAUCUCUAGCUGGAUUCUGGGUAUCUCUUCUCCCAACCUGAAGCAGUUCCUCAACGUCUCAGCCAUUGUCGUCGGUGUCAUCAUUGCGUCCAUGGGUGAAAUUCACUUUGUGACCGUUGGUGUUCUGUUCCAGAUGGGUGGUAUCGUUUUCGAGGCUCUCCGACUCACCAUGGUCCAGCGUCUUCUGAGCUCGUCCGACUACAAGAUGGACCCUCUGGUCUCUCUGUACUACUUCGCUCCCAUCUGCGCUGUCAUGAACGGUGUUGUUGCUCUCAUCUGGGAGAUUCCCCGAUGCUCAAUGGCUGAGGUUUACAACGUUGGCCUGUUCACUUUCUUCCUGAACGGUCUCUGCGCCUUUAUGCUCAACGUCUCUGUCGUCUUCCUGAUUGGCAAGACCUCUGCUGUUGUCCUCACCCUUUGCGGUGUUCUAAAGGAUAUCCUUCUGGUCAUUGCCUCCAUGAUGAUCUGGGGCACCCAGGUUUCUCCUCUCCAGUUCUUCGGCUACUCCAUUGCUCUGGGUGGUAUGGUUUACUACAAGCUCGGCUACGAGCAGAUCAAGGGCCACAUUGCUGAUGCAAGCCGACAAUGGGCUGAGUUUGGUGCUCGCAAGCCCAUUCUCCGCAAGGUCACCAUCAUCGUUGCCACUGCUUUCCUGAUCUUCACUCUGUUUGGCGGCCUUGCCCCCAGUUACUCUUCUGAGGUCGAUCCCGCCAAGCUGGCCAAUGAGGUGUCUAACCGCUUCGGCAUCAAUGAUGCUCAGCAUGUGUAA